UGAUAAGGUGAGAUGCAGUGCCUGUGAUAGGAUGGGUGUGUGUAUAUAUAGAGGGAGGGGUGUAGUGCAGGAACAGUCUGCUGGCACCAUGAAGUUUGUCUUCCUCUCUAUCCUGGUUGGGGUGGCACUGGCUGCCCCCAACAGAGUGCUCUUUCCCAAAACGGGAAAGGAGUGGACUCCAGCAUCUCUCAUCAAUCCUGAGGAGCUGGGAGACUAUUUUGAGGGAGACAUUGUGGGACCAGUGCCAGCACUCCUCAAGAAUGGGCUCAUUGAUGAAAAGUACCGAUGGCCCAAUGGUGUCGUCACUUAUGAAUUUGACAGCCUUUUCGCUGAGGAGCUGAGAACCGUGGUGCAGCAGGCCAUGGAUGAAUAUGCUGUGCUGACAGACGGCUGCAUCACCUUCGUGGAGCGGACAACAGAAGAUGACUAUGUCACUUUCACCCAAGACGACACUGACGGAUGCCACAGCUAUGUGGGGAAGAUUGGCGGGAGUCAACAGAUCAAUUAUCCGGAGUGGUGCUUGGAGCAGUAUGGCUCUGUGCAGCACGAGAUGUACCAUGCCCUGGGCUUCCACCAUGAGCAGUCACGCACCGACAGGGACGACUAUGUCACCAUCAUGUGGGAUCACAUCUCGAGUGGUCAUGAGCAUAACUUUAACAAGUAUUCGGCCGACGUAAUCAGUGGAUUUGGGGAGAAUUAUGACUACGGCUCCGUGAUGCAUUACUCUGCCUACGCUUUCUCUGCCGACGGUGAAAAGACAAUUGUCACCAUAGAUCCAGACGCAGUCAUUGGUCAGCGAGAAAAACUCAGUGAAGUAGAUAUCAGAAAACUCAUGAACAUGUACAAGUGCUGAGUGAAGGUGACUGAAGGCAUUGAGAUAUUGGGUUUGAGUAUUGUUAGUCAAGUAGUUUAACAGUAAAUGUACCUACCACCAGGGAGGUAAGAGCCAAUGUAAACCAGUCAGGCUGUGGAAGCGAGGGGUCCAUAUACCACCAGUCAGGGUACAUGAAGGCUCUUGUACCACUAGUCAAGAUGUUGUAUAGACUGCACAUCACCAAGCAGUCAAGCUGUAUAAACCACCAGUUGGACAAGUGUGUAAGGGAGGCUGGCACAGGUCACAAAUCUAUGGCCUUCAACAUCUCUGGUUAAUCACAAGAUGAUACCAUUGCAAACUGUGUGGAAAGGAAGUCAUGUAAUAUAUUUAAGUCAUAGUGACAUAUAUUAGUCAUAUAUUCUUUCAUGAAAAUAAAACAUCGAUUAUC